AUGGUUUCUGUGGAGACACAAAUGCUUAUUGUGGCGAAGGCUGUCAAAGCUAGUGUGAUGGUGGGGGUGGUGGCGGCGGCGGCGGAGGAGGUGGAGUUGGGGGUGGGGGUGAUGGAUACCUUAGUGAUAUCAUCCCAAAAUCACUGUUUGAAGAGAUGCUUCCUUAUAGAAAUGCUGCUAAUUGUCAUGCCAUCGGAUUCUACACUUAUGAUGCUUUUAUCUCAGCCGCCAAAGAAUUCCCCGAGUUUGGCAACACUGGCAGUGAUGAAACGCGCAAAAGGGAAAUUGCUUGCUUUCUUUGGCCAAACCUCUCAUGAAACAACUGGAGGGCCUGGAUGGAAUCCACCCCAAGGACCAUUCUUUUGGGGAUAUUGCUACAAGAGGGAAAUAAAUUGCGGACCUUACUGUCAACCAUCUACCAUAUAUCCAUGUGCACCCGGGAAGUCAUAUUGUGGCCGAGGUCCUAUCCAACUCACAUGGCAACCUCCAAAGCCCUCACGCCACGAUGUGGUCACUGAUAAUUGGACACCAACUAAUGAGGAUGUGGCAGCUGGUCGGGCUCCAGGCUAUGGGGUGAUAACAAAUAUCAUCAACGGUGGCAUUGAAUGUGGGAAGGGACCAGAAGGAGAUGUGGGCAAUGCAAAUAACGAUCGUAUUGGGUUCUACAAGAGAUACUGUGGGUUAUAUGGAAUUGACCUUGCCGACAACCUUGACUGCUUCCAUCAAAGGCCGUUUGGCAAUGGACUUGAAGGACACAAUGUAAUUUGA